GUGUGUGUGUUUGUGUGUUUACUGUAUCUCUUUGUUGUUGCAGGUGUGUGUGUGUGUGACCCCGCCCCCCCCGGGUGGGCGGAGCCUCUGGACUGUGUGCGUGCUUCGGAGCUGUGCAACCAGAAGCCCCAGUGCAGCUCUCAGUUCCGCAUCAUGCGCCAGUGCCUGUCGGGGGGGGGCCGCGAGCGCAGUACCAUGCUGGCAUCCAGAGAGUGCCGCGGGGCGCUGGAGGUCCUGAGGGACUCCACGCUGUACGACUGUCGCUGCAAGAGGGGCAUGAAGAAGGAGCUGCAGUGCCUUCAGAACUACUGGAGCAUCCACAUGGGGCUCACAGAGGUCUUCUGA